AUGGAGCCAGAUAACCAUACAUGGGUGGGUGAAUUUAUUCUCCUUGGUCUAUCCAGUGACUGGGUCACUCAAGUCUUCCUCUUUGCUCUGUUCUUGGGCAUGUACCUACUUACAGUGCUGGGAAACCUUCUCAUUGCUCUUCUGAUCAGACUGGACAGUCGACUCCACACUCCCAUGUAUUUCUUUCUCACCAACCUCUCCCUUGUUGAUGUCUCUUAUGCCACAAGCAUAGUCCCUCAGCUGCUGGUGCAUUUUCUUGCAGAACACAAAGUAAUCUCAUUUGUGAGCUGUGCAGCCCAGUUAUUUUUCUCACUGGCUUUAGGUGGGAUUGAAUUUGUUCUACUGGCGGUGAUGGCCUAUGACCGCUAUGUGGCUGUGUGUAAUCCCCUGCGGUACUCAGUUAUCAUGCACGGAGGGCUGUGUGCUAGGUUGGCCAUCACAUCCUGGGUCAGCGGCUCCAUCAACUCUCUCAUGCACACUGCCAUCACAUUUCACCUGCCCUUGUGCACAAACAAGUAUAUUGAUCACAUAUCCUGUGAAAUACUAGCUGUGGUCAGGCUGGCCUGUGUGGACACCUCCUCCAAUGAGGUUGCCAUCGUGGUCUCUAGCAUCAUCCUGCUGAUGACACCCUUUUGCCUGGUUCUUCUGUCCUACAUCAGGAUCAUCUCCACCAUCCUAAAGAUCCAGCCCACAGAGGGAAGGAAGAAAGCCUUCCACACCUGUGCCUCUCACCUCGCAGUGGUUGCCCUGUGCUAUGGCAUGGCCAUUUUCACUUACAUCCAGCCUCACUCCGGUCCCUCUGUCCUUCAGGAGAAGUUGAUCUCUCUCUUCUAUGCCAUUUUCACACCCAUGCUGAACCCCAUGAUUUACAGUCUCAGGAAUAAGGAGGUGAAGGGGGCCUGGCAGAAACUAUUAGGGAAAUUCUCUGUGUUAACAUCAAAACUGGCAACUUGA